UAUUGUCUUAGAUCGGAGUUUUCCUGAAAACAUUGUGUAGCUGGUUGGAAUGUUUAAUUAUUUCUUUCAGAAGCAGAUUUUUUUAAAUUGUUUUUUCCUUUGCCGCUUGUAUUCUUUUGACGCAGUAACAUUAACACGUUUAUAUGUGAGACCUAUAGAGCAGGUUUUUUAUCUUUUUGUCAAAUUAAGCUUUUACAUCCUUUCUCAGUUUUUAUACAGAAAUACAGCCUCACGACGGCUGUGUCUCAAAAUAAGAGUCCAUAGAAGCCUCGGGAAACCAGGUUGGGUUUGCAGAGUUAUUUUGGACAACAAUAACUUUGCGUUAAUUAAGGCGGAAAAUAUUCUAAAUAUUUUUAGGUUUAGAACUCUCAACAAAAGAAGAAGAGCUGGAGAACAUAUUUAUUAAAUACGGCUGCAUUAUUGAAACAAAAAUUAUUCGUGAUGCAAUGACGAAAGAAAACAAAGGGUAUGGCUUUAUUACAUUCGAUAGUCAACAGGUGGCUGAAUACGUCAUAGCGUCCUGCAAGUCAGUAAAGUUAGGGAACGCUGAGAUCACAGUGGGACCUGCUAAAAUAAAAAGACGUAAACCUGACUCAAGAAUCCUAAAGAAUUGCUAUAAUGGUAGCCCAGUUGUGUACACAGUUUCCAAUGAUGGUUUAUUUUCGUUUCAUCAAGCUGUACAUUUGCCUUAUCCUGUUUAUGGGACAGGAUUUCCGCCAUGUUACAAGCCUCCGUUUGGUGAUCAGUUUUUACCUUAUAGUCAAGGAUUCGCACAUUCAGAUGUUGAAAAUUCCAAAAAUGGAGGCUGCAUACCAAAAGAUUUUCAUCUUGAUCAAUCCGUGAGUAGAAUGUUUAUAAGUUCUGAUAGUGGAAGAAACCAUGGAUGCGGUAUGCUUCAACCCAACCCUCCGUACCCUUCUCACGAACGAGUGUAUAACGAAAACAACUCGCAUAUUCCCAACUGCACCAAUCAGGGUGAAUACUUCCCUAAGUUUACCAACAUUGCUGCAAUUAAUAAUUUCUACAACACAAACACCACGUGCCAUGUCGAGAAUCCCUACGAUGGCAACUGCAGAAAAGUGGAUGUUAAAUUUUUUAACCGAGAUUAUCCAGUCUAUACACCAAACAAAUCAAUUUACUGCGUUCCGGUCUCGUCAGGUCACGUGCUCAAUGAAAUGGGGAAAAAAUCGAAUGUGUUAAAUGAUGGAAUUCCGACGAGUACAAGCUCAAAUCAACAACAUGUCGGAUCAAAAGACGUCUGCGAAAAAAUAAACAAUACACCAGUGACAAAAGCGCCGGAUAAUUACAUGAAGUCAUUGAAGGUACAUUUUUUAUUUACCUACUGCUUGGGGUUUUUACUUUUAUGAUAAACCUUGACAUGAAAACAGUUUUAAGACAUAUGUGACGAAAUCUUAAGAUGGUGACGAAAAAUAGAAUGAUAAAAAUUAGGGUCAACGAAAAAUAUGGUGUCGAGGGAACAAAUUCUCACAGUUGUUGAGCAUUUUUAUUAACUUAUUAUUUUGGUAAGAGCGUGACAUAUAUGUUAUUUAGAUAUCUUGGAACCUCGUACCCAGGACUUUUAUACGCCCAAGAUAGUCUAAUAUAAAAACUAUGACGUCACGCUGCAGUUUUUUUGACCAAUAAGAAUUAUGUUUUUGAUAAUUUCAGAACGUCCCAAAACUUUCGAUAUUUUGAAUAAGGGUUUCCAUAAAAUACUUUAUAUCCUAGAUGAUAACAUGGAAACGUGGAUCUGUUUUCUUUAAAUUUUUAGAGCCAAAAGUUUGUUUUCAUGUCAACUGGUCUGGGAAAAGUAAAAAGAGUGGUCGUCCAUUCGUAGUAAAGGAGGAGAGUGAUCGCCUAUUCGCUGCUGAGGAAAUGAGAUGUCGUUUUCACAUGAGUAAACUCUAUUCCCAGAAAAACAUUUAAAAAAACAAACAAAAAAGAAGAAGAAAUGGAGAAAAAAAUAGAAAUGUUUUGAUUUUAUAUAAGAAAUAAAGUAUUUAUGUAUUUAACCAUGGUUUCUUUCUUUUGGAUUACUAUGAGUAUGGACGUCUUUGAAAUUACGGCGCUUUCUAGUUUAAGGAAGGGUUAGACCAGAAAACAUAAAAGAUAUCCUAGCGACGAGAUUAACAUCAAGAAACAUUCUAGUUCGCUCUCCAAAUUGUUGAGUAUGGUUUCGCUCCAGUAUAAAGCGUGUCGAUUGAAUAGGUAACAUUUUGAAGCUUGCUUGAGGUUUGGACUUAUAAAAUGUGUCAAAUUCGUCAGAAAAGUCAGCAAUACCGGCCGUUUGAUGAAAGAACCUGGUCUUUUGUAUAAAGAUCUUUUGAAAAUUACUUUGUGUGAACUAGAAGGAUGCUUAAGUUCUUUUUUGGAAACAACAUUAUAGAGAAGAGGCGUUAAUUGAAACUUGCAGACUCUCUUGUUUGUCAAACUAUAAAACAGUUUUUUAAGAAAGAAGCAGAACAUUUUAUUUGUAGGGAGUGAUUUGCUCUUUCGUUUCGACCAACAGAAUCGCAAAGAAAGCAAUUGAAAGCGUGUUCAGUUGGAUCUUGAAUGUUGAGAGAGCCCAUGGGUCUGGUAAUUUACGUCAUCAUUCUUCUCUAACUAGUUCGUACAGGUGAGCAAGAUGUCAUUCUAGAAUGAUGGUUGUGUCCAUAGGUGAUUUCAUGUACCAACCUUGCUCCCAGCGCCUUUUAAUUUUUGAUUGUCUCAAUGACCUGACAAAAAAUAGGCACUGGGAAUGAGGUUGUUCACGUACGAUUUUCUGGUUAAGUUGAUUUACUAAGUAAUUUAUUAUCAAAAUUUUUGUUUAUUAAUAUUCAACUGCUACAAUCUUGCCAGAAAUUUCUGUGGAAUUAUAUAUUACUAGUCGUUAGCCCGUGGAAAAAUCCACGGGUUUGCCCGUCGCAGCUAAGCUACCAUUUUGAGUGACAGACAGACGGACAGACGUAUACGGGCAAUACAAUAUAGAUUGGAAAUCGAAUAGAGUGUCAGAUUAUAAAACAACUUUAGGGGAGGAAUGAAUAAUACAGAAAAAAUAUUGCAAAAGAAUAGAAUGCGGAAAUAAUGAUUGCGAAUUUGCCUCGUAUUUAAAACUCAUUGGCAUAAUUAUUUGAAUCAAAAGACUCCAUGACCCCCCUGUAACGUUAUCAGGAGAAUAAUUUGCGGAAAUCCACUUAGGAAAAAGACGAUAGUUAUGACUGUUUUAACAUACUCUAUUCUAUCAUCUGUAGUUCAAACUAGACUUUUCACUGUUCUUUGUAAAUCGCAUCCGCUUUGUAAAUCCUAGUCUUACUAUUUGAAAUUACAUAGCUAAUAUCUAUCACUUUUUCUUAAUGUUUUCUUGAUAAACCAAGAAGUCUUAAGAACUGGGUCAAUAUUAUUUAACAUUGUUAUUGUUUUCCGCUGUUAUGUAAAUUUCGUUUCCUGUGGUUUUCGCGGUAGUCACGUACCAAAAAGAAAAAAAAAUCGUUAACCUCGUUCCCAGGGUUCUUUCUUCGUUUUUUGAUAUUGGGAUGAUAGUGGUGACGAGGUUGUGUCCGUCGUCAAUUAAGUAAACGUGUACGGCUGCAUUGCGAAAAAUCUUCGUGGCUGCUUCAUGGUUUAAUGACGUUCUCCUGUGAAUUGAGGAGAUUAAGGACUAUGGGCAAUAUCUUCUAUUCUUAUAAAUUUAUAAUAUUUUCUGUGACGACGUCACUGCUUUUUUGAAAUUAUACAAAUUCAUGUGGAUUCAAGAAAGAUCACGCAUAAGUUGAUUUUUUAAAUUUGGUUCACUUUUAAGAAGAGAAAUAGAAGCCCUCCAUGCAGAGUUUCUUAGUAGCACUUAGCACUAUUACCUGUCAUCUAGCUAUAAAGUUCAAUCAAAGCAGAUAAGAAUGAAAAUGUGUUUAGGCUAUAUUUCUAACAAGACCGUUUUUUCCAAGAUUUAGUGUAGGGUUGUUUCUUAGGCUUGUUACUUGUUUUCUUAUAAGAAGUAAGGCCUAGAUUAGACGCUUCAUU